UUUCGAGGCCGCUACCGCGAUCCUGUGGCAGUAAUUACCGUUUCAACUGUCGUCAAAUCAUGCCCGCUCGGCUGACAUGGCGCGGGUCACGCCCGGCGGCGCCGUAUUCUACCGGUUUCCGGAGAGGCUACCGGACCGGCGGGACCAAUCCCGGACCCUCCGACCAAUCUACCGGAGCGGGCAGCAGUGGACAGCCGGUCCACUCGCUAGACAGGGUCCACUUGAUGGACCACCGGCUCUGCGACCCGAGUGGAGCAUCAGGCCCGGUCUCAGGCCCUGGUCCAGGGGGGCGCUGCCGAGCAGACGACCCGAGCCGCCAGCAAGGAGAGGGAGAAGGAGCCGCGGCUGCCGAUCCGGCCGCCGACACCAGCAACGACGACACCGCACCGACCGAGACGCCUGCCGACGCCCGGUGGCUGCGACCGCCCUGCCGCCCCGAGUUCUAGCGUGCCCUGAGCGGGUGCCGCUGGGCAGGGCGCCGGAGCCGGCCAGGCCUGGAACCGCCCCUGAGCGCGGGGAGGGCGGCGGUCGCCGGCCGCGGCCGUACGGGAACGGCACGGCCCGUCAACCCUUACGGAUCGGACACGUGAACGCCCGUUCACUCCUACCAUCCAUCGAUGACGUGACACUGACACUCGGCGCUCAGAACUUGGACUUGCUUGGAGUGAGUGAAACCUGGCUGAGUCCGUCUGUCGAUGACAGUUUUCUCAUAUUCCCUGGGUAUAAGGUGAUACGACGCGACCGAGGUGGUGACCGAAGGGGAGGGGGAGUGUGCGUGCUGUACCGAGAGUCUCUGAGAGUGGAGGUGCUGACAGUUCCUAGCACCGGCUCGCCGCUGGAGUCACUCUGGCUGAGCUUGUGUAGCACUACUACAGUGGUAAUAGGUAUCAUGUACCGACCGCCUAGCGCGCCCGUGACUGCUGUGUUAGACGACCUGCAGAGUCAGUUAGCGCAUGUAUGCGGUACCGAUAAACCCCUGUAUGUGCUUGGCGAUGUUAAUUUCGAUUGGCUGCGGCUGGCUGAGCUUGACGUCCGGCGAUACUCUCAGGUAUUAGAGGACGUAAACGUUAAGCAGCUAGUGUCGGUUCCGACACGCCCCGUGUCGGGGACGGCGCUCGACCACGUCAUCGUUCGAGCAUCAGACGCCGUUACGACAGCGACCGUCGUUCCAUGCAGCUGGAGCGACCACGACAUCGUCAUCGCCGAGACACCACUCACAAAGGAGCGCCGACGACCGGCCGAGAUCACCGUGCCAUCUACCCGAUCUCUCGUGCCGGACUCGCUGUGUAUGGAGCUGCUCCUGUCAGACUGGGACGCGGUGUACAGCGCGGCCGAGCCGGCGGCUAAGUGGCAGGCCUGGCUGGCGGUGUGGACGCCCGUGCUCGACCGUCACAUGCCGGCGCGGCUAGAACUCGUGCGCUGCAGCGCCACGGAGAGUUCGGGGAGUGUAGCAGGGUGGGGCGAGAAUGCCCCGCUGCAAACACGCGGCGGUCGGGGCGGGAGCGGAUCGCCUGAGUCCCGUUCGGCCAGCGUCUCCGCCACAUCCGGACCGACCGACGCGAAGAACCGGUUCAGCCUGCCGGCCCACUCGGAAUCCACCUGUGCAGAGCUCGUCGUCCUCGGCUGA